AAGGUUCCGCACCUUAUCAACAUCAAAAUACAAACAAAACAAGGAGAGAGAGAGUUAAUUUUAUUUUAUACACGUCCCAAGGAGAGACUUGUGAAUACAGGAAAAGACACGACAUGUUUUAUGUUCUAACCGACUGAAACGUUUAAAUUCACGGAGCGGAACCUUUAUACAGUCUAUGAGCGGAACUAGUUAUUUUGUGCACCUCGGACUCAGAAGCGUGGGGACGGAAAUCAGCUCUGUAAACAAACAGUUUGUUAGCAACAGUUUUCAUAGACCAAAACACAUCUGCAAAUCCACUUUGGACCAGCGACACACAAGGAGAAUGUUUAAAAACACAUUCCAUAGCGGAUUCUUGUCCAUCUUAUACAGUAUCGGCAGUACACCUCUGCAGAUAUGGGAUCAAACGACGAGGAACGGUCACAUCUAGAAAGUUACAGACAAUGACAUCCACUCGCUGGUGUUGGAAGUUGAGGGGAGAAAUGUCAGCACCACCUAUAUAACAUGCCCUGCAGACCCCAAAGAGACACUGGGCAUCAAGCUGCCUUUUCUGGUGUUGGUCAUAAAGAACCUAAAGGAGUAUUUCACCUUUGAAGUCCAGGUGUUAGAUGAUCAAAAUGUUCGUCGACGGUUUCGAGCGAGUAACUAUCACAGCACGACGAGAGUGAAGCCGUUUAUCUGCACCAUGCCUAUAAGACUGGAUAUUGGCUGGAACCAGAUCCAGUUCAACCUGUCGGACUUCACCAAGAGAGCCUAUGGAACCAAUUACAUAGAGACGCUGCGUGUGCAGAUCCAUGCUAACUGUCGGAUACGGAGAGUGUAUUUCUCAGACAGACUUUACUCUGAGGAUGAGCUCCCACCAGAGUUUACACUCUACCGGCAUGUCCAGAAUCAAAACCCAAAGCAGUAAAAAUCAACCUGCACUAUUCCUCAAGAUGUGAAGUGGAGUUAAACUGUAAGGUUUUCUGUGUGUAGAAAUCUGAAUUAAAAUCUGUUUUGCAUUAUUAUUUUGAA